CCGCGCUCCGGCCCCGCUCCGCGGCUCCAUGGCGCCCGCCCGCCCGCUCCUGCCCCUGCUGCUGCUGCUGCUCUGCGUGGGCCUCCCCGCAGCCGUCGCCGAGUCGAUCCGAGAGACUGAAGUCAUCGAUCCUCAGGAUCUCCUGGAAGGCGGAUACUUCUCUGGAGACCUCCCUGAUGACGAGGAUAUCGGAGGGCCGGGGCAGGACAGUGAUGACUUUGAGCUGUCAGGCUCUGGAGAUCUGGAUGACUCAGAGGACCAUAGGACCUUCCCUGAAGUGAUCCAACCCUUGGUGCCUCUAAAUAACCACAUCCCAGAGAGGGAAGGGCCUGGGAGGCGGGUUCCCACCGAAACUGGGGAACUGGAGGCGAACGAGAUCAUCCCCAAGAGGAUCGCACCCUUUGAUGGGGAUGAGGAUGUGUCCAACAGAGUGUCCAUGUCCAGCACCGCCCAGGGCAGCAACAUCUUUGAGAGAACAGAAGUCCUGGCAGCUCUGAUCGUGGGUGGCAUUGUGGGCAUCCUCUUCGCUGUGUUCCUGAUCCUGCUGCUGGUAUACCGCAUGAAGAAGAAGGAUGAGGGCAGCUACGACCUGGGGAAGAAACCCAUCUACAAGAAAGCCCCCACGAAUGAGUUCUAUGCAUGAAACUCCCGCAGAUACAGCUUGGACUUUGGCGGGGGGGAGGGAAUCCAGAGGAUUGUGAGUAACGGGCAUUAGAGUUAGGGGGUGGGCACCUUAAUACUGACCCAUUGGUGUCUCCGGCUCUGACUGCCUCUCCAGCAUCAGAAGAGACAUCAUCUUCCACUGUGCUGCCUUGCUCUUCUCGAUUCUUUGGGCCUUAGUUAUUCUGGCAGAAAAGAAAAUAAUGGGGUUAAACUUGACCUUUCUGAAGGCAAGCCUGGGGCUGGGGCUGGGGUCAUUCAAAAGAUUUUCAGAUUCAAAUCUAGGACCAGUUUAGAGCUUGUACUGAACCUGUCUCAGCAGGGUCUUCUUUUGCGCCUCCCUUCCUCCCUCAUCCCCCCCAUAAAAGCUAGAGGUGACGUGUGUAGAAGUCUGCUGGGGCUGCCUUCCUUCCCCCUUUCCCAGCCUGUCCCUCUGCCAGGAAUCGGGGGAAGACACUAGAAAGCCCUGCACCUUGGCACCUGGAGGCCAGUCCUCCAAAGGUGUUUGUACACACACUACAGGAGUGUCUGUGGUAAACUUUGGGCCAUUCUAGGCUCUUUCAAGUGACUUUUAGAAAUCAGUUUUUUUUUUUUUUAAUGUGGGGGAGGGAGGAAAGGCGGGGGGCGGGGGGGAGAAGUGUGGAAAGCUCGCUUUGAAGUGGAUUUGUAGAGUUACUUGUAUAUCUAUUUUGUCAAAAUGAUGGUUCAUUCCUUUGUGUGCAGGAAUAUCUGUACCUGGGUCAGGGUGUAGAGAUGGGGAAAUGUUUUUAUCACCUGUUUUUUUCCACCGCCUAUGCUAUUUGUAUUUAAUGGUUUUGUUUUUGUUCUUGUAUGUUUCUUGAAAAUGAGAAGAAAGCAGGAGGUGAUUUUUUUUAUUAAUUUUUUUUUUUUUUUUACUAUUUAUAGCUUCAGACAGGGCCCCUUCCUUCCCCCCCCCCCAUUUUUUCUUUAAACCCCUCCCCAUUUUCUGUUUUUUAAUAGUUCACACUCCCUGCUUAUGACCUUGGCCCCUUUUCUGAAGCUGCUGCUUCUAAGUUAGUGUUUUGCUGAAACAUAGUUUUCUAGCAAAUCCAGAUUCCAAAAUAUAGGGGAUGGUGAGGAGUUUGUGUCUGUGUGCUUUCUUGUAUUAUUCGCCUUUCUUGGUUCUAGAAAAAAUAGAUUAAAUAUAUUUUUUCAGGAUAUAGUAGGAUAUUUCCAAUUUCAUGUUGGCUGGGUUGUCUGAGUGAGUGAGUUUUUAUGUGACUAGUUUGUUUGUUUGUUUUCUAUCCUUUUCUUGCCCCGUUCCUGGUGCCUUCUCCUGUCUGAGCUGGAGUGGUUGUGAGGGUUGAAUAUUCCAACACUUUUUCUGCCUUCUUCCUGGGUCCCAGGGAUUCUUGGAUUUGCUUUCUCUGAGCUCUAGGAAUAUGUUGUCCAAUUAGGGUAACCACACACAUGUGGCUAUUUCAAUCAGUUUGGUUUAAAUCAUGUAAAGGGAGCAAAAUCAUUCCACAUUUGCACUGACCACAUCGGAGUGCUUGGUGGCCCUCCUGACCCUACAGAGGAGAGGAUUUCCAUUGAUCAGGCACUUUGUGUUGGAGAACUGAACUGAUGUAGUGAAUCACAGCUUAGCUUUGCUGGGAAAACCCUUGUCUCCCUGGGCAAGGCAAAGCAAGGGGGCGGGGAGGAAGGCAAUGAAGGGCCUGUUAUCCUAGCCUCUUCCUUUUACAGAAGAGAGGCCUGGUGCAUUGGCUUAUGUCUUCUGACCCCACUGACUGGAGUGAUGGGAAUCAUGCUCCUUAAAGCAUCCACUGGCUCCUGUCAUUACCCCAGCCCAGGGUCUCCACUGGCUGGGUCCUUUUCUGGUCCCAGUCCCCUUUUCCUCAGACUGUAUUGUAAUGAGCACCUUUUCUGUAGUCCCUCUCACACUGUUGUCUGUUACUGAUUUUUUUUUGAUAAAAAGAUAAUAAAACCUGAUACUUUCUA